AUCAGUAUAAGACGCCACAUCUGCACGCCACUUCUCCGUUUUGAUUUUGAUUUUGAUUUGAAGAAUGAUGGAAGAUUUUGAGUUUGGCCUACAAAUGACAGUUCUUGUUUGCUCUGCUGCCUUUUAACCUCAACGUUCUCUGUUGAAAUUCAUUUUCUAUAUUCAACGCACACAAACCCUAACGCCUCUUUUGUUUGUUUCAACUUGCAAGGGAUUCUUAAUUGAUUUCUCUUCGACGAAGAAGAUAUUGGCCAAAACUAGUUUUUCUAAAGUACGUUGUUGGAGUUCAACAGAUUUGUGAUGGAUUUUGAUGAAUAUGAGUAUUUAGAGAAAACAGUUGAAAAUCCUGAACUUGAGAAAGAGAAGCAAGCAGCUAAUGGUGGGGAUAGAACUGUGAAAUCUGAAGAGAGAGGCCGUAAUAGGCCUUCCAAGCAUAAGGCUGGUGAUAAGGAUGAUGAUGUCCGUCACCAUUCCAAGAAUUCAAAAUGGGCAGAUGGUUCUCGUGAUUAUGACAAAGAAAGAGGCUCAUCUCGUCAUCAUCGUUCGCAGUCAAGAGAUGGAGACAAGGAGAAGGAUCAGCACAGAAGCUCUGGGGGCAAUAGGGAUAGGAAGAGAGAUAGGGACAGAGACAAUGGGGACAAGUAUGGAAGAGAGAGAGACAGCAACCGGGACCUGGUCCACAAUCAUGACCGCGACCAUGAAAGAGACAGAAGGGAACGUGGGAGUGUGAGUGAAAGGGAAAGGGAGAAAGAGCGCUUGCGGCGAAGCAGAAGUAGAUCCGAAAGGCAUCAAAGUGAUCUCGGCGACAGAGAUAGAGUGGCAAGUCGUGACAGGGACUUUGGAGAUAGAGAAAGAAGCCGGGAUAAGGAUUACAUAGAUAGAGAAAGGGUGAGGGAAUCAAAAGAACGAGAAAGUGAAAGCAGAUUUUCAGUGAAGCAUGUUGCAAAGGAUGGGGCUAGCUGUGGACAGUGAGGAUCACGACUCGAGUAUUUCAAGCUAGUUUCUAAGUUUAGAAAUUUAUGAGAUUUAAAUAAAUGCAUAAGACAUAUUUCCUUUAUUUAAAUUUUAGUCUUUGGUUUUAUUU